GGGAUCUCUCAACUCCAGCCUUUUGCUUCGUCUCUUCACCGGCUGGUCUCCUCACGGAGAUACGGAACUGCGGUUAGAAAGACUCCGCACUCGCUUCGCAGAUCUAGUCUGCGUCUCAUUCACACCACUCUCAAUCCCCCGUCACCCAGCUGCCCGAGUAGUACUUAACAGUCAGUUUUCUUACCCGGGUCUCAUGCACAAGUAUUAUCGGCUGCCGCGGUUAUCCCUGGGACCCCUCUUUGGUCCACGAGCCCCUUCGCCGGGUUGUUGCCACUGGUCUGUCACCGUGGGCGGGGAAAGCCCGAAGAUUGCUGAAAUCAGCAGUGGCGCGCUGUCCCGGUCUACUCACCUGUAUAAGGCUCCGAACUUAUUUGUAGUAGAUGUCCAGACUGGUCAAAUUACCAAGAUUCCUAUUCUGAAAGAUCGUGAACCCGGCAUGGUGAACCAGCAGGGAUGUGGUAUUCAUGCCAUUGAGCUCAACCCCUCAAGGACCCUUCUGGCCACAGGUGGAGACAACCCCAACAGUCUUGCAAUUUAUCGUCUGCCUACACUUGAUCCUGUCUGUGUGGGAGAUGAUGGACAUAAGGACUGGAUAUUUUCAAUUGCAUGGAUCAGUGAUACUAUGGCUGUUUCUGGUUCCCGGGAUGGUUCAAUGGGUCUCUGGGAAGUCACAGAGGAUGUGUUGUCCAAAAGCGAUGCCAGGCAUAAUCUCUCUCAAGUUCCUGUCUAUGCCCACAUAACACAUAGAGCUCUGAAGGAUAUCCCCAAGGAGAACACCAAUCCUGACAACUGCAAAGUCCGAGCAUUGGCUUUCAACAAUAAGAACAAGGAAUUGGGAGCUGUGUCCCUAGAUGGGUAUUUUCAUCUUUGGAAAGCAGAGCACACACUGUCAAAGUUACUUUCCACAAAAUUGCCAUACUGCAGGGAGAAUGUGUGUUUGGCUUAUGGUCAGGAGUGGUCAGUGUAUGCAGUAGGAUCACAGGCACAUGUCUCCUUUCUGGAUCCCAGGCAGCCUUCUCACAAUGUUAAAUCCAUCUGUUCCAAAGAACGAGGCAGUGGUAUUCGAUCGGUGAGCUUCUAUGAGCAUGUCAUUACGGUGGGAACAGGGCAAGGUUCCUUAUUGUUUUAUGAUAUCAGAGCCCAGAGGUUCCUGGAUGAAAAGCCCCCACAUGCCUGCUAUGGACAGAAGCAGAAAUUAGGAGGCAGUGAAAUUUUGAAGUUGACUACUGGGAAAGGCUGGCUGAAUCAUGAUGAAACCUGGAGGAAUUAUUUUUCUGACUUAAAUUUCUUCCCAAAUGCUGUUUACACCCACUGCUAUGACUCGUCUGGAAUGAAGCUCUUUGUGGCAGGAGGCCCCCUUCCAUCAGGACUUCAUGGGAAUUAUGCUGGUCUCUGGAGCUAAUGAUAACUCUUUGUAAAUGCUGAUCUCUACACAGAUUUCCACUUUUAUUUCCCUUUUUUUAACAGUAAAAUUGUGUGAUGCCAUUGAUUUCUGAUUUAAAUGCAGGUUAUUUUUUGGCAGAGUCUUCUGUUGGUCUCCAACAGUCUUGUACAUCUUUUUGAACCAGUAUUUUUGCUUUAACCUCCUUGAUCCUUCAUAUGAAGGGGUUUUGAAAUCCCCCCCCCCUUUUUUUUUUAUUGUAUUUACUCCAAAUGACUCUUCCCCCACAUUUAGGCUAUCU